UUGUAUCUAUCCCACUUCCACUCGCUCCCCACCAACCGCCAGCGUCAGCGUCAGCGUGUACCCUCUCUCACUCUCUCUGAUUCCGUCGUUCAGCAACAAUGGCCACUGGUAUUGCGCUCGUCGGCAGCGGCAUCUUUGCCAAGGAGGAGCAUCUGCCGGCAAUUCGUGCAACUCCUCUUCUGAGCUUGAAAGCCGUCUACUCACGCUCCCUGAAAUCUGCCCAAGCUUUGUCUGCUGAGCUCUCGGGCGUGGACCUGUACAGCGAGGACCAGGAAGGCAAGACGUUUGGAGACCUGUUGAAACGAGAUGACAUUGUCGGCGUCAUCAUAGCACUGCCAAUUCCAGUCCAACCCUCGUACAUCAAGCAGGCACUGUCCGCGGGGAAACAUGUUCUGGCGGAGAAGCCCAUCGCAAAGGACGUAGCCACCGCCCAGGAGCUCCUCUCCUGGUAUAAUGCCAGCGUGAAGAAAACUACUGCCGCUCCCACUUUCGCCAUCGCCGAAAACUUCCGCUUCUUCGAGUCCUUUGACUUUGCGGCGCAGCAAGUCACAACACUCGGUCGCGUGCUGGAGUUCAGGACAAGAGUGAGCAACUUGGUCCAACCGGGCGGCAAGUACUUCGAGACAGCCUGGAGGAAGACGCCAGAGUACCAGGGAGGCUUCCUCUUGGAUGGGGGCGUACACUUCGUUGCUGCGACAAGGAUGCUUUUGGGCAACGUCGCGGCUCCGGCAAAGGUCAGCGCCUUCACGGCGCAGCUACAAGAGCAUCUGCCUCCGCUCGACACUCUGAAUGCGACAGUCCAGCUGAAGAAUGGGGCAUCCGGCACCCUUUCCAUAUCGUUCGGAACAACGUUUACCGGUUCAGAGUAUGCCGUUGCUGCUGAGAAAGGCCGCGUGUGGGUCUCCCGAGGGAAGGUCAUUGUCACGAGGGACGGCCAGGAGGACGUCAGGGAGUUUCCGGAGGAGGGCAAUGGUGUUAAGCAGGAGGUGAAGGCAUGGGCGGAGUCGUUGGUGAAAGGGGAAACAAACCCACGGCAGAGUCCGGAGGAAGCCCUGAAGGAUCUGGAGCUGCUAGAGGCUUGCUUGCUGUCCGGCGAGAAGGGCGGUGCACCCAUUUCCCUUGAGCCAUGAUGCUACACUAUUCCUAUAAGCCACGCCCAAAUGUAGACAC